AGAGCCCACAGCGCGGCUGCCUGCCUGUACCAAGUCGCUUUGCUAGUUCGCGGUAGAUAGCAACUUAAUCGCCAGUAAGCUAACAAUCCCACAUUUUUGCUCGCGCGCGCCAAACGCACACUUUGCAGCGGAAAUAAGUAAUUUUAAAUUUCGAAUACCGUAUUAGGACUUAAUAUAUUUGUAAACAGAGUGUUUGUUGCUUAUGCAAUACGGCAGUGGAACUCCCGAGGCAAGAUGGAGGACGCAAGGACGUGAUGUUUUUUUUAAGGUCACAUGUGGCCUUUCCCAUCUUGUGUUUGCUGAGGAUCUCAAGUCAGUUCCAAGUUGAAGGUAUUCAGAAAAUGUUACAGAAAUGAUAGCAGCACCAGAAAUCCCAACAGAGUUCGCCUACCCUCAGGAUACAGACACAAGAUUCUCCUCAGACACAGACUUUUCUGAGGAUUUCGAUGGAAGGAGUACAACUUCAGCUAAGGGAAAGGGGGGAAAGAAGGGCAAGAAAGCAAUUGGGGAUAAAGGCAAAGGAGGAAAGGGCGCAGGCCGCAUAAAUGGCCACCACCAAGAAAACGGCAUGGAAAACAUGAUGCUGUUUGAGGUUGUAAAGCUCGGAAGGAGUGCAAUGCAGUCUGUUGUCGAUGACUGGAUUGAGUCCUACAAACACGACAGAGAUUCAGCACUACUAGAUCUCAUCAAUUUCUUUAUCCAGUGCUCGGGAUGUAAAGGUGUGGUCAGUGCGGAGAUGUUUCGCAACAUGCAGAACUCUGAAAUUAUCAGACGCAUGACAGAGGAAUUUGAUGAGGACAGUGGAGAUUACCCUCUCACUAUAGCUGGGCCCCAGUGGAAGAAGUUCAAAUCAAGCUUUUGUGAAUUUAUCUCAGUUCUGGUGCGCCAGUGUCAGUACAGUAUCAUCUAUGAUGAAUACAUGAUGGACACAGUCAUCUCCCUUCUCACGGGACUGUCAGACUCCCAAGUCCGAGCCUUCAGACACACCUCAACGCUGGCGGCCAUGAAGCUGAUGACGGCGUUGGUGAAUGUAGCUCUCAACUUAAGCAUUAACAUGGAUAACACACAGCGCCAGUAUGAAGCAGAGAGGAAUAAGAUGGUUGCAAAGAGGGCAAAUGACCGGUUGGAGCUGCUUUUGCAAAAGCGCAAAGAGCUUCAAGAAAAUCAAGAUGAGAUUGAGAACAUGAUGAAUGCGAUAUUCAAAGGAGUGUUUGUACACCGAUAUCGUGAUUCAAUAGCAGAAAUCAGGGCGAUCUGCAUAGAGGAGAUUGGAGUCUGGAUGAAACUUUACAGUGAUGCCUUCCUCAACGACAGCUAUCUGAAGUAUGUGGGUUGGACAAUGCACGACAAGCAAGGCGAGGUACGUCUGAAGUGUCUGACAGCUCUGCAGGGUUUGUACUACAAUAGAGAACUCAACGCCAGACUGGAACUCUUCACCAGCCGCUUUAAGGACCGGAUCGUCUCCAUGACUCUGGACAAAGAGUACGAUGUUGCAGUUCAGGCCAUUAAACUGCUCACUCUGGUCUUAAACAGUACAGAUGAGGUCCUGACCCCUGAGGACUGUGAGAGCGUCUAUCAUUUGGUGUACUCGGCGCACAGGCCUGUAGCGGUGGCAGCUGGAGAGUUCCUCUAUAAAAAAUUGUUCAGCCAGCGGGAACCAGAGGAGGAGGGUGCCCCCAAAAGAAGAGGCAGACAAAGCCCCAAUGCCAACCUCAUUAAGACCACUGUAUUUUUCUUCCUCGAGAGUGAGCUCCAUGAGCACGCAGCUUACCUUGUGGACUCCCUUUGGGAAUGUGGUGCAGAGCUACUGAAGGACUGGGAGUGUAUGAUAAGCUUACUCCUGGAUGACCCGUUGCCAGGAGAGGAAGCUCUUACAGACAGACAAGAGACGGCUUUGAUUGAAAUCAUGCUGUGCACUGUACGCCAGGCUGCAGAAUGCCAUCCACCAGUUGGAAGAGGAACUGGGAAGAGGGUAAUGACAGCAAAGGAAAAGAAGACUCAGCUGGAUGACCGAACCAAAAUCACUGAGUUAUUUGCCGUAGCUUUGCCCCCUCUUCUGGCCAAGUAUGCUGUUGAUGCAGAAAAGGUGACCAACUUGUUACUGUUGCCUCAAUUCUUUGAUCUGGAAAUUUACACCACAGGUCGUUUGGAGAAGCACCUCGAAGCCCUGCUGCGUCAGAUCAAAGAAAUAGUGGAGAAGCACACAGACACUGAAGUUUUGGAGGCCUGCUCCAAGACAUACCAUUCCCUCUGCAAUGAGGAGUUCACAAUCUUUAACAGGGUGGACAUCGCUCGCUCGCAGCUUCUGGAUGAACUUGUGGACAAGUUCACCAGACUACUGGAAGAUUUUCUACGGGAGGGUGAAGAUGCUGAUGAAGAUGAUGCUUAUCAAGUUUUGUCAACUUUAAAGAGGAUUACAGCAUUUCACAAUGCACAUGACCUUUCAGGAUGGGAUCUCUUCACCAGCAACUUCAAGCUGCUCAACACGGGCAUUGAAAACGGCGACAUGCCUGAGCAGAUAGUCAUUCAUUCACUGCAGUGUACCCACUACGUUAUCCUAUGGCAGCUGGCCAAGUUAUCUGAAGGCAGUUCCAGAAAGGAUGAUCUGGUGACCCUGAGAAAGCAGAUGAGGGCAUUCUGUAUGAUGUGUCAGCGCUACCUCACCAAUGUCAACACAGCUGUCAAAGAACAGGCAUUCACGAUCCUUUGUGAUCUUCUGCUCAUCUUCAGCCACCAAAUGGUGUCUGGAGGAAGGGAACACCUGGAGCCCCUGGUCUAUUCCCCAGAAGACUCUUUACAAGCUGAACUGCUCUCCUUCAUCCUGAACCACGUCUUCAUCGACCAGGAUGAUGACACGAAUAGCACCGAUGGACAGCAGGAUGAUGAGGCAGUAAAGAUUGAAGCUCUGCACAAGAGGAGGAACUUGCUGGCUGCCUACUGCAAACUCAUCAUCUACUGUGUGGUAGAAAUGAAGACAGGAGCGGACAUCUUUAAACAGUACAUGAGGUAUUACAACGAUUAUGGUGACAUAAUCAAGGAAACUAUGAGUAAAACUCGGCAAAUUGACAAGAUUCAAUGUGCCAAGACGCUCAUUCUCAGUCUGCAGCAGCUAUUUAAUGAAAUGCUGUCUGACCUGGGUCACGGGUUUGAUCGCUCCUCCUCUGCAUUCUGCGGCAUCAAAGAGUUGGCUCGCCGCUUUUCUCUCACCUUUGGUCUCGACCAAGUAAAAACCAGAGACGCCAUCGCCAUGCUGCACAAGGACGGUAUUGAGUUUGCAUUCAAGGAGCCCAGCCCACAGGGAGAAGGUGGUCCACCUCUUAACCUGGCUUUCUUGGACAUCCUAAGCGAAUUCUCCUCCAAACUCAUGAGACAAGACAAGAGGACUGUCCACAUGUACCUGGAGCGCUUCAUGACUUUCCAGAUGGCUCUGCAGCGAGAAGACUGCUGGCUUCCAUUGAUCUCCUACAGGAAUUCCCUGCAGGCUGGUGGCGAUGACGACACCAUGUCUGUCAUGAGCGGCUACUCCAGCAGAGGAUCCUCUGUCCGCUCCAAGAAAAUUAAGCCUCCUGUGGCUUCAGCCGGAACUCCAGCACCAAAGAGGAAACUACCUGAAGAGGAGAGCAGCAGCGGCGAGGUUUGGCAGCAGAGCAUGCAGACCCCCGUCAUGAUGCCUUCCCCUCAUCUAACUUCCACUGCCAUGCGGGACCCCAAGAGGAGUCGGGACGACGGAUACAUGGGGGUCUACCCCCUCCCUCACGAGCAGCCGCCGCCGCCCCACCCACACCCUCAGCACCAUCAGCAAACACCACAGCACCACCAGACACCCAUGGAUUACAAUUCCCAGGUGACGUGGAUGCUGACUCAGAGACAGCAGGAAGAGGCGCGCCAGCAGCAAGAAAGAGCCAUGAACUACGCCAAGCUCAGGUCCAAUCUGCAGCAUGCUAUUCGGCGUGGCACCGGCCUCAUGGAGGAGGAUGAGGAGCCGAUUGUGGAGGAUGUGAUGAUGUCAUCCGAGGGUCGCAUGGAUGACCUCAACGAGGGCAUGGACUUUGACACCAUGGACAUUGAUUUGCCGCCCUCCAAGAACCGCCGGGAGAGAUCUGAGCUGAAGCCAGACUACUUUGACCCCGCUUCAAUUAUGGACGAAUCGGUCCUUGGGGUGUCCAUGUUUUAAAGCCGUCAUCAGGAUGAUUUUGCGGCUGGCAGAAGAGACGAGGGGCUUUGUAUUUAAAGAGAAUUUUAGAUGUGAAAACAGAAGUGUUUUCUGUAAGAAAAAGCGAAAAUCCAACAAAAAAUGAAUCUGACUUGUACUCCACGUGGACCAAUGACAACCCACACUCAGUGUUGCUUGCUCAGAGAGGACUUUGUUUCAUAAAUUUACUUUUAUAACCUUGGGUAAGCUCUUCCUGUUCGACAAUAAUGUAACAGGCCACUUCCAAAACCUAUUAGAAACGAUACGUGUCUGAGGAAAAACCAUUAGCUUUUCCCCCUCCUCCCUUUUUUUAAACGAAAAGUGGGAUGAAUUGGUGUGUUUAACUUAAGAAACAGUUUUUUUGUUUAUGUCUAACCCUUUUUACAACUGUAGUAAGUUACCAGGUGUGAAGUAGUAAUUUAUAAACGGACUGUAGUAGCUUGCUUGUACUGUGUUAGCAAAGUGGAUGGAGGUCUUUCUGUUUGCUUUUGGGUUCUGCCUCUUUUUUUUUUUUUCUUUCCUUUUUUCCUUUUGGUGUGUGUGUGUUUUUGUUUUUUCCUCCUUCUGUUUAGUUAAGUUUCCCUGCUGUUGGGCCUGAGCUGAGGUCCGGGUAACCACUGGUGGUUAAGAUAUUGAGAUGUCACGUAGAAAAAUCAGCCUCGAUCCCUGGAUGCUGUGAAGAUUCCCUGAAAAUUCCACUUAAAAUUCGUGAAAUGGUAUGUUCCCUGACUAAACUCCAGGAUUUGGAUCACUCCUUAUCUAUCCAUUGGAAAUCUGUGUCCACCCCCACUUUAAUGAGGAUAGUUCAUUCCAGAAGUGCCAUUUUGUGGGCUCUGGAAGAUACCAGCUCAAAGCAAAAUGCUCUUUUUUUCUCUCUUAAAGUCCUGCAGCAUAAUGUUAAGAUGGGUAUCUCUACAUUUUAAAUAAAAGUUAUAUAUAAAGCGGUGCUGA